AUGUCGUUCGUCAGAGGCGGCUCGAGCCUCAUAUCCUCAUGCCUGUCUACACUCCGACCCACCACUAGCCUUCUGCGCGGCUACGCGACGCCGGCGGCCGCGUCGACGUCGUCGGACACCGCCGGGGCGUUCUCGCGGUCGACGAACCUCUUCAAAACGUACAAGCCCGUGACGCCUGGUCUGCGACACUUGAGGAGACCAAUAAACGACCACCUGUGGACCGGAAGGCCGUUGCUUGCUCUGACUGCACCCCUGCGAAAAAAGGGCGGGAGGAACCACCAUGGACAUAUCACUGUCCGCCAUCGCGGUGGAGGUCACAAGCGCCGGUUGCGUGUCGUCGACUACAUACGUGAGACACCGGGCCCGCACGACGUACUGCGAAUCGAGUACGACCCGAACCGGUCCGCACAUCUGGCGUUGCUGCAGACGCGUGAUCCGAACGUGACGGGCGCGGAGCGGUUCAGCUAUAUUCUCGCGCCGGAGGGCAUGCGGGCCGGUGCUGUGGUGGAGAGCUUCAGGCAGGGCAUCCCAGACGGAUUUGUGCCUGGAUUUGUGGAGGAGGGAAGGAAGAGCAAGCAGCUGAAGAAGGCGCGACUGGCGAAUGAGAAGCUCGCUGCUGGCGAGGCUGCGCAGGAAGAGGCGAUCGGCGAGGGCCCCAUGCUCGCCCUCGGCCAGCUCCGUCUGGCGACCGUCAAACCCGGCAACGUCCUCCCGCUCCGGCACAUUCCCAUCGGCACCGUCAUCCACAACGUUGCACUUGACCCCAAGGGGCCCGGUCGUCUCGUCAGAUCGGCCGGCACCUUCGCUCAGGUCGUCGUGCACGAGGCCGGCAGGUACUCUCAGGUUCGCCUUCAGAGCGGUGAAGUCCGCAAGAUCCACUCGGACUGUGUGGCGACCAUCGGGAAAGUCAGCAACCCGAUGUGGAAGAACAGGUCGCUUGGCAAGGCCGGUCGCUCGCGCUGGCUCGGUAUUCGUCCGACCGUUCGUGGUAUGGCCAUGAACAAGGUCGACCAUCCUCACGGUGGUGGUCGUGGCAAGUCCAAGUCGAACAAGCACCCGCGUUCUCCCUGGGGCUGGCUCACCAAGGGCAAGCGUACCCGCAAGCCCGGACCCAUGGGCCCCAAGGGCAGCAACCAGUUUGUCGUCAAGGAGCGCCCGCGCGGCAAGGAGAAGCACGGCCCCUAG